UAAAUAUAAAUAUAAAUUUAACGCAGAGGAUAAAUUAUAAAUAUACAUAUUAACGCGAGAGAAGAUGACAACGGCAACAAUAACGUUAAUUAAUUAUUAUUACUGAGAAGAAACCGAAGUAUAUAUAUAUAUAAAUAUAUAUAUACGUAUAUAUAAAUAUAUAUAGAUAUACAUACCUACAUACCGCCGUUACACACAGGAUACAAAUACACGCGCAUCCAUCUGUACAUACAUAUUAUUACUCACAUGGCCGCGGAAGAUAUACGUAUGUAGAUGUAUAUAUGUAUGCACACACGUAAAUAUAAAUAUGAAUAACUAGUUUAAAUCGGGGGAAAGAAAGGAAGAACGAGGGAAAGUUAGAUGGCGAACGGCAGACGCGAAGAGAAGGAAGAAGGCAACAAAGAAUUGCGAAGAGAUAAUUUAACGGACGAUAAUUUCAAUAUAUCGAGAUAGAGGGAAUAAUGAAGAUCAAGGAUGAUGUCUCGUGAUCGUUUGAACGACGCAUACUCUUGCGUCCUUCGCAUCGAUCGACACGAUGCGACACGUACACAGAUAAAAAUGCACAUACACAUGCACACAUACAUAUAAUACAUUCGCCUUUCUCUAUUUCCUCCUCUGUGCUUCCGCUUUUACUUUCGUUAUCGCUAUCCCGUACAUUUUGCCACUAUGCCAACGAACGUCGCUUCGGCACGCAUACCGCACGCUAGUCCCAGGAUAACAAGGACGAGUCUUCUUGGCGAGAAGUACUGGAGGCGAAGAACCGUGCUAUAUUCGAGCUGGAGAAAACGAUGAAGAAUCUCCAGACGGAGCAUGACAAGUGCAAGGACCUGUUGGAUGACGCGAAACGCAUUGAAUCUUGGAAGAAGGAGACGGAGACGAUGAAUCAACACAUCGUUCAGCUGGAACAGCAAUUAAAACGCUGUGAAGGCCUAAAGGACGACGUCAACGGGCAUGAUAAGAUAAGCACGGAUACCGAGAUGCAGACAAAGAUGUGUAAAAAUUAUUGCAAUCCGAAUGCGAAGGAUCGGCAUAUCCUCGCGCUGAAGCAGCAAGUGACGGCCAUGAGGAGUUCCUUGAAGAAUCGCGCGGAGACAACGGAAUCCUCGGAGAAGGACAACAGCGACGAGAAGAUGAACGGGAAAAUGGAAGAGUCCUGGAAGCAGGAAAUCGAGUCGAAGAAUCGACACAUUGUCGAGCUGGAGCAGAAACUAGCGUCGCUGGAAAACCUUCUGCGAAAGAGCGUGGAUAUGCUGAGAAUGCGCGAACUCGAAAAGACGAUCGACAGGAAGUCCAAACGGAUCGCAGAACUAGAAGAUGCCGUGGAAGAGCUUGAGGGCUUUCUUAAGGAGGACGUGAAGGAGAUGCGUGAUCUGCGUUACCAAGUGUCGCUCGAUAAGGAGCAUAUUGUAAGAAUGGAGAAAUGGAUUCAAAAGAACAACCUCAUGAACGCGGGGAUCGAUAAAGCGAGGAUUAUAGAACUGGAGGAGAUGGUUACGAGUCUGGAGGAUUACGUCAGGGAACACGAUAUCGACGGUCUUAAGAGAAAGCUGCAGGAUCGAGAGUGCAGAAUUAGUCAAUUAGAAAAUCAAGUUUCUGAGAUGAAGAAGCUGUCGCAAUUCGAGGGAAAUAAACCGAUCAGAGACACGUCGAAGGGGAGCGUCCAAACCGAUGGAAUAGCAUGUGAACUGGAAGAAGAUAAGAUAAAGGAUAUAAUGGACGCUGGUUUGGAAGAGGAUGACAGAAUCCAAGAGGAGGAAAGUCUGAAAAUAGAGUUGCGAGAAAAAGAGCGAAAGAUGAGGGAAAUGGGACACGAUAUAUCGGAAAAGGAUAACAGAAUCCAGAGAUAUGAACAACAGAUCAUCGAACAGCAAAAUAAGAUACUGAAAAUGGAGAAGGAGAUGGCUGAAAUGGAAGAAGAACUGUACGAGACGGAGGAUAUUAGCGCAUUGAAGGAAGAGAUUAGAUUGAAAAACGAGAGGGUGCAGGAGUUAGAAACGGAAGUCAAUUCUUUGGAGACUUCGCUCGGCGAGAGAAUUGACGUCGCGAUCGAGGAGCUCAUUGCCACUCUGAAGAGGAAGGAAGAAAUAGAGCUUCAAUUGAAGAAGAACCUCGCGGACAAAGAGCGCAAAUUAAAGGAGUUGGACGCAGCUCUUCGCCAGAGCACUGCUAUCACGGACGAGAUUGAGACAAAGUUUAAGUACGAGCAGAAACUCAGAAAAGAAGUUGACCAAAGAGUUGCCGAGGUGGAAGAGAAAAUCGCAGUAAUGCAAGCUGCUUCAGCCACAAAAUGCAUCACGUGCAAGCCGCUUCUUUACAAGAUAUUUAAGACUGAAGAGAAACUCGUCCAUUCAAAUCAGGAGAAGACUAUUCAGCUUCAAGAAUUGCAUCAAAUUAAACGUGAAGCUUUAAAAGCUGCCCUUUCCGAGAAGGAUGCUUACUUAGCUUUGUUGGAACAUUCAGGCAUAACAACUCCAACACAAGUAGAUCAGGCGGCGAAACUAAAUGCUGAUAAGAGACUAUUACUUAAUAAACUGAGGGAAGAGGACGAGAAAAGUAUCAAGUUAGACUUUAAACGGGAAACAACACCACAAUUAUUUAAAAAAACAUUGAAGACAUCCGACGAUAAUGAAGACGGUAGUGAUAACAAUAAUAAUUCCUUUGACGAUUACUUUAGAGGGAUCAGUUCUUCGAAAUCAGUUACUGCUAAUGGCGAGAGCUUGCCAAUAUCAGCUACCACGAGCUGCAAGCAUUCAACAAGAACAUCGAUGGUGUCUGAAAACUUGAAAGACGAAGAUCAAUCGCGGACUCUUCAGCAGGAUACCAGAUAAGUACUCGAGGCUACCUAUGGUAUUUUUGGAGUAUCGGUCCCUUCGUUACUUCGAUGUUGUCAUAUGCACACACACACCCGCGAAAUGUAGAGGCAGUGUAUAGAACGUCUUUAGAAACGUAGCAAAAGAAAGAAAACGAAACAACAACUACAACAGCAAAACUACAGUACACCACCAAUAUCAGUCAGCAACUACAGCAACAGCCAAUAUCUCUGCCUGUGCCGCUCAUCACGCAUCGUCUCGUGCAUCAAUCUUCACCACCAUCAUCAUCUUCGUCAUUAUUCGACAUUUCUCACCAUUAAUCGGCAUUUUAUCAUCCACGUGAUAGUGCUUAAAGGAAUUGUCAAGAUCAAGAAGCCUGGAGCUUCUUUAGACCGAUGGCAAUCCGAGUAGUUAGCAUUUGCUGGUUCACCAUGGAUAAGAUAUAAUAACAAUGGAUGACAUACGACGGACAUUUGAUCCUGACAACAUGUUGUAGGCAUUUAUAUUCUUCUCUCCUCGACAUCAGCGAUUCUUGGAUCGAUGUAGACGUCAUAAUUUAUUAUUAUUGCAAUAAUGUAUCGAAAUAUACGAAUUGUUGUUUAUUAUAUAGUUCUUUGCAGCGCGCGGCGUACAACAUUGUUAAAAAAUUGACAAUUCAAAGGAGCAUUAUUUUAUAUUUAUUUCUUUAAUAUAUUUAAUUUUAGGUGUAUAAGUAAGUUAGCGCUGCAAUAAAAUUAGAUUAGCAGAGUAUUGAAAGAAAUAAGAAAUGGUUAACAUAAAUUGGAGUUUUAUUACUUGGAUUUUGAUACUUGAAACUUCUGUUAGAAUAUUCAAAUAUUUAUAAGAGCUCACUUUUUAUUAUUUAUGGCUAUUUAUAAUCUAAUUUGCUUGAAGAAUUUAAUACAGGAUGAGUUUACGUAUAUCGGCAUUCUUUGUUGUGAAUAAAAUUACAAUUGGAAAAAAUUA